AUGAAUCUCUUUUUUCCCCGACAAAAACCUAAAACUAACACUAAAGAUGCUAUUGUUCGCCUUCGAGAUACUUUGCAAAUGCUAGAAAAACGUGAAAGCCAUUUGCAAACCAAAAUAGAUUCAGAAAUGAGGAUCGCAAGGUCAAAUGCAACCACUAACAAGAGAGCCGCACUGAUGGCCCUCAAACGAAAAAAGCAAUAUGAUAAUCAAAUUGAAAAAAUAGGAGGAGCACGAAUUACAAUUGAAGCUCAAGUCAUGGCAAUUGAAAAUGCAAAUGUUAAUUUGGAGACCAUUAAAGCUAUGGAACAGGGUGCAGAGGCAAUGAGAACAAUACAUGGAUCUAUGGAUAUAAAUAAAGUGGAUGAUACGAUGGAUUCCAUACGUGAACAAAUGGAUUUGGCAGAUGAAAUCUCAAAUGCGAUUUCUGUUCCGAUGAUCGGCAUCGAGUUGGAUGAUGAUGAACUAACAGCAGAAUUAGAAGUACUGGAACAAGAAAUCCUUGACGAGCAAUUACUUAAUGCUCCACAAAUUACUGCCCCGAAUGUACCUACAAUUGAACCUGGUAUUAAAGCGAGAAAUAAAAUUGUUGAAGAUCCUGAUGAAGAAGAGGAACUAGCACAAUUAAGAGCAACCAUGGCCAUUUAA